AUGGACUUUGUUUUGGGACUCCCGCACACUACACGACGACACGACUCGAUUAUAGUGGUUGUCGAUAGGUUUUCAAAGAUGGCACAGUUCGUGCCAUGUUCGAAAACCUUUGACGCCUCUAAGGUCGCUAGCCUCUACUUUAGAGAAAUUGUGCGCCUUCAUGAACUACCCAAGUCCAUAGUCUCAGACCGUGACAUACAGUUUACCAGCCACUUCUGAAGGACUCUUUGGAGCUUACUUGAGACUAAGCUCAAGUUCUCCAUUGCUUACCAUCCACAAACUGACGACCAAACCGAGGUCAUCAAUUGUAGCUUAGGGAAUCUACUUCGAUCAUUAGUCGGCAAGAGCUUGACUACUUGGGAUCUGAUCAUACCACGCGCUGAGUUUGCUUAUAACUCCUCAACCAACCGUACCACUGGUAUGAGCCCCUUCGAGAUCGCACACAGUUUAACACCCCACAAGCCCCUAGAUCUAGUACCCCUAGACCCUCAUGUUAGAGUUUCCGAGGAUGGUGUUGCAUUUGCCCAAUAUGUUAGUCAGUUGCAUCAGAACAUCCACGAUAGGAUACAGAGUUAG